AUGUCUGCACCCAUUAUCAGUAACAUCACGAUACCGCCUGCUGCCGUUCAAGCGCCCGAACGAGCGAGUCGGAUGCAAUCUGCUCGAUCGUCCAGACGAAAGGUGGGUAGUACAGCUCCGCAAGUCGUCUUGGGAGGUGGAGCUGGCGUCUUGGGAUCGUCAUCGAAAGAUGUCCAAUACGUCCCGCCGCCCUUUGCUGCUUCCUCCUCCUCCUCUGCGGCUACUGGACUGCCCCCCGUUCAAUAUCCUUCACCCUCAUCGCAAUCUUUCCCGAGUCCCAUCUCGCCCCUUUUCCCCAACAUGUAUCGAGCGCCAUCACCACUCCCACCACAGCUUACCGACUCCAACGCCACGACAAAAUCUACCAGCGGCGCAGAUCGCGAUGUGGCUUCUGCACCCACCAUGAGCUCAGUCUCAUCCCUUUCCACAGCGGCAUCGACAUCUUCACGGACACUCAAGACGCCUCAUUCAAAGAUGGAUCAGCAUCACCACAUGAAACACAUGGCUCAUCCAUCCAUCGUCUCUUCUUCCGAUUCACACGAUUCGCAGUCGCCAAGCAACUUUGAGUCUGACCCUCUCCCGCCGCUACCAAAGGAAUUUGCCGCGAUGCGAAGGGGUCAAUCGGAUGGAAUAGCCGUCAGAUCAAGAGAUAUGAUGAGGCAAAGCAAGGUGGAUCAAAAGAGUCCAACGCCUCUCCAGAGGACCGUCAAGACUGGCAAUCGGACUUCCCCAACAGAUACUGCUCGACCUUCUCCACCUCCAUUCUCGAACGCUGUUCCCAAAUCUACGACAGCCGGGCAGAACGAAUCGUCUAUCGAGCCCAGGCGCCCUCCGAGACCAAGGGGCACCACUCCGCCACAUCUCGAUCUGGGAAGGAACACAAAAGUCAAUCAACGUCUGAGCCAAGAUUGGAUCCAAGUGGACUUCCCAGGCCCGUCAAUGGAGCCCGAGCGACGGGAGCAGGGAAAGGCUCUGCAACACGCGCCUGACAUUCUUAAUCGCAAACCUUCGGGUCUCCCUGGGGCCGUCAUGGUCCCCAUGAAGGGCAGCCAGCCACAGCUGGACCUCGAUGGAUCUCUCGCUGGACCGACAUCACGGCCAAUGUACGAGCGAUCCAAUACCGCACCUCCCCUCUCUCCUCCGCCCCCAACCCAGCAAGACGAAGCGGAAACGUCUCGACCUCAACGGAAGGGUAGAGGGUCCUUGGAUCAGUUCCGAUCAAAUUCGUCUGCCGAGAUACCCAUGUCUCAGCGUUCGAGGAAGAUCUCUCACAGUACACCGCCAAGUGCCGUUUUAGAGUCUGCACCUGGAUCAAAUAUUGGAAGAUUAAACCCCUUCCGAACGGCCCCCAAGGCCUCUUCGGAUGCGGUCGAUGCUGGCAAGCGACCCUCUGCAGAGAUGCCAGGACUCGUGGCCCCCCGCAGAGACGACGUCAGGGCUCUACAACAGGAGCAACAGCGUUCCUUGGGGGUCGCCUCAGGUCGAGGAUCGCGUGACGAAGGUCGUGCCGUCUCAGCAGAGACUGAGCGGAAAGUCUCUGGUCUAUCCAUGAAGAAAUCCACCGGCGCUCUCAAAGCCUUGUUCAAUCGAGGCGUCAGUGGGAAAGGGAAAGAAAGGUCCGAGACACCACCACCGAUGCCUGUACAACCUCAGUAUCCAGCAGGACGACAGGAUGACGUGGUAUCUGAACUACCUUACGCCCGCCGAGGUAGUUCAGCUUCCCCGAAUCGAGCUCUCGGCCGUGGGAAACGUCGAUCGCCUAGUCCUGGUUCACCGACCCCUCCUCGAGGAUUAUCAUCAGAAGGAGCAGGCGCCACGCGGCCUCAUCCUCAACGGAUCGAAAGUGAUAUAAUGGCAUCUAGACCAUCAUUCACUUCGGAAAGAGCCAACUACCCAGCUCCGCCUCUACAACGAACACGAUCACACGGUGUCCAACCCGGUGCCACUAGUGCUCCGAUGAUUGGAUCGAGGUCUGAGCCUCAGCCUGGUCCGAAGAAGAUCGAACUGCGAUCGCCUGUGGGGUUAUUCACUCAGACUCAACCUCCUCCAUUGGCUCAGCGAAUGCCGGAUAGGGACCUUCCCCCACUGCCUCUAACGCCUUUGAACUCUGCCCUGUCAGUCGGUCCGAAUUCUGUGGAAACAAGUGAGGCGAAGAGUUCAGGAACCUCGCUCUUGUCUUUUGCGACUGCCAGAGAGAGUCCCUUGUCGGCCUCGGACGACUCGCGAUCCAUGUCAUUGACAGCUGGAGACGUGGCGUCCACAAGCCCAGCUCAACUCCCGCCAUCAGCGUCCUUGCAUCUGCUCCAACUACCCAGUCUUGAUCUCGAAUUCGACUUGUCGUUUGACAAGAUUGGCAUGUCUCCCUCGACACCUAGACGACUUUCCCCAGGCAAAGCUCGACGGUCGCCUCGCUCCCCGCACAGUCCGUCACCUCAGCGAUCGCUCACCACCAAAAUUCCAUCGACUCGAGUGUCGCCAGUGUUGAGGCGUCAGAACUCGGAUCGUAUCCUGGAUAAGAGUGAUCGGAGACGGUCAAAGAGCUUCGAUGGGCCGACGGCGGGUCAGACGUUGGCGAAUCUGUGGCGCGACGUUGGACCCGAGGGGUCAUUCACGAGCCCUUCCAUGGCUAGAUACUUUGCCUCUAGCUCCAACUCUGCGCCAAUGUUCUCACGACCUCUCGAACCAACUUCAAGCGAUGAUUCCAUGGUUUCCAUGUCAAAUUCCGCCAGCUCAUCCUCGACCACAACACCGCAGCCGUCGACACACCAACAUUUGAUCUACGAGGAUUCGAUGACUUGUCCUUCAGACUCCGUCAAAGCCAUUCCGGACCAUCUGCAUCGGUCUAUGCAAAGAAACGGUUGUGUAGAAUAUGGCUCCGAACCUUCAUCUUCUGAUCACGCUCGGACUCCCUCGAAUACCUCCUCAAUGCACGAUACGGAAUCUCCCUCACCGCCAAAGACUCCGCCUCAACAUGCUCGGGCUCAGAUUCGAGAUUACGGUUUCACGUACGAGUCGUCCCCCCUCAGUGCUCCGACACCUAAAGCCAUCACGCUGGCUCUGGGACACGAGUCGGAUCCUGAAUCAAGCUUUGCCCGACCGAUCAUGUUGAGCUCGCCACCAACCAUUCCAUUACCGCCCGCGCCUGUACCUCAGAUCGCUCUUUCGCCAGUAGUGUCUCAAGAAGACCACGCCGUGCCUUUCACGCCGAAGAACAGAGUAGUCGACCUCGCGCCGAGUCCGCCAAGGAAAUUGGUUAUCCGUGCUGUCAGCGAUGACAAGGUCUUGCCGACCGAGCCUGCUGGACCUCUUGUCGCUGGUGUUGCUCCGCCACGUACUCGUCCACCGACCACGUUGCCUGACUCGCCAAAAGCUGCAGAAGAUGACGAUAGUCAUUUACGACCUGUAGGAGGUCCGACAGUCAUCACUGUGCGCCCGGCACGAGCUUGGAGGCCGAGUAUAGGACUGAAGUCAAAGAGUGUCUCGCCAGAUGACCGAAGUCUCCGAGGUCUCGUUCAGGACCUUGAGACGAUCGUCAACUCAUUCCGCGGACCAGCCUCUCUGAUCUCUUCCUCCGAACGCUGCAACCUCGUCCGGUCGCAGCUAUUGCCUCUGCUUGGCGAGAUUGAAAAGAGACCCUACAUGCCCAAAGACACCGUGACCAAUCAAAGUCUCCGAGAGGUAGCUUUCGAAUGGGCCGAGAGUCUCCUGUACGAGUUACGGGUGGAGCAAGCGGCUAAUGAACGUGGAGCGUGUCUGGAAGGUCUCUCAGCAGUUAUGGAGAGCCCUUGCCUUUCUCAGGUCGCGCUCAAAGACGAUGCUCAGCAUACCGUCCGAUUCACCGACCUCAUGAUCAAGUGUAUGAAGUUUGUCAUGGGCAAGCUCGGCGCCAAAGGAGUGUUCCACAAUACCCUGCUGUUCAGUGGACGAUUCCUGGCAUUUGCGUUUUUCCGUAUUCCGCACGUUGCCGAGCAGCUCGUGACCGUUUUGCAAUUACCUCGCGGCGCUCUCACGAGAUUCACUCGGGCUGGAUUGAUGGGACCUGCGGUACCACCGCAUGCCCGACCUCAGUAUCCCAAGCAUCUCUCGCCCCUCUGCUUGGACACUUGUGCGAGUUACACUUCCCGCCUGGCUGUGGUCUCGGCAGAUUUCAGGAGCGAUGAAGAGCGCGAAGCCUUCCUGUUCAAACCUGGGAACUGGUUGAGACGAUGGCAAUCUGACGAUUCAGAGCUCUUCCCUGCGUUUUAUCGAGCCUACCAUCGACAACUGGCAGGCUACCUCGCCCCGGCCAUUGAAUAUUAUGAGACUCUUGGCGAGCCUGUGCCGCUUCAGAUCUUGCUCCGUGCACCUGGGUACGCGCACCUGGCCACCAUCUUUGCCAAAAAAUCUCAUGCGUAUAUCCUUGGAUCCAUCAACGCCGUGACGACCUCUUCUGCGAGUCAAGGAUUCGACGCAACUGAAUCUGCUGGCCUCAAAGCGAGUCAAAAACCUCCAGUCCUGGAGACUGCCAAUCGACGAUUGACCGAGACCAUCUCAACCCUGAUCAAUACCCACAUUGCUGUUCCCGAUACUCGAGGUAAAGUCGUCGAAUGUGAUGGACAACAGCUCUGGUCUUCCAUCCUCGAUCACUGGACCAAGACGCUCAUCGGCAAGACAUCUUUGUACGCCCCCAAAGGUGUCUUCUCCCUGUUUGACCUUUUGGAUGGGAUCGUCGACCCUCCCCAUGAUCCAGUCACCGGCGAACGUCGUUUACGAGAGGUCUCUCUUUUGGACGUGCCUCACCUGAUACACGUCAUUCGCAUCGUACUCAAUCAGGCCGAGCACGCUUUGACCAUCGUCAAGGUUGUCGCCUUUGUCUUUACGCAUUGGGAAGUCCUCACUGCCCGAUCGGAGGAUCGAAAGGAGCUAUGUCUGGGUCUGUUACUUGAAAAGUCAUUGUUUGAACGAUUGACCUUGUUCUGGUCUCAAUCGGUCCGAAGUUAUGUCCUGCGUCUUGUGGUGUUCCGCCUGGGGCACGUUCACACGACCAAGGAAGACGGUGUCAAUCACGACGUCGAGAUUGACUCUGUUCGAUUGCUCCAGACUCGCCUGGAAAGGAUCAGGAAACGAUACGACGAGCUUGAACCGAAGGAUGCUAACACGCCCAUCGACCGGAAUGACUCGCCAUAUCUCUCGUCAACCUUUGAUGGCUUGCCCCGAUCCAAAUCCACCAUCACCAUGAUCACUGACUCGCCACGCGGACCAUCCAACAAAGCCGAGCGACUUCUCGGGCUAGGUUUCGGACAGAUGGACAACAAGGGCCUGUCUGCUCUAGAAGUGGAGGAUCACACGCGUAUGGGCAAGGCGAAAGGAUGGUUGAAAAAGAGCUUUGCGAAUAAGAAGAAGGGUCGUGGUGGUGGUGGUGCUUCGCCUGCCUUGUCGGGUUCAGCCACUUCCUCGCCUAACAAUUCGCCUCGAAUGUCUCCAUCGCCACAGAUGGAGAACAGCGGAUCCCUGUCAUCCCCACUGCUAGGCAUCAAGGAGCGGAAAUCUCCCCGACCAAGCUUUGAAUCGAGUCAUACAAAAGGGCAAGGAGCCAAAUCCAACCCGCCCGCCGUCUUAUCUCUCGACUCGCCAGAGAUGGAGGAGUACUCACCUCCGGGUGCUUCUCAUCUCCCUACCAUCUCAACGUCAUCUCCUUCCGAGACGACCUCUCCGGGUGUCGGACUGGGACCUUCGGGCAUUGCAUUCGAGUUUGAACUCCCGACCAUGUCACCUCGAUCCGAUACGUUUGACCCUACACCUACACCUUCGUCCCCUCGACGCAAUUCUCAACCUCCCUCGCCACACAGUCCGCACAUGUCCAGGUCAUUCAGCAAACGAUCGAGUCUGUUACCUCCGAACACAGCGAGUAUCCUCGCUAGCGGAUUGUCCUCGCCCAUUUCGAGACGAAACGAUUCGACAAAAUAUGACAAAGGCGAAGAAGGUUAUCCUAAGAAAUGGCACGCGUACGCUAUUCGCAUGCUGGCGGAAUUGGAAGAUGCUCAGAAAGAGUAUGAUGAAUGGUGGUCGCCCGGUGGUGUGGGAACUGUAGAUGGCGCUCCACCUCGAUUGACAGUGGCGUGGCCGUUCCAUGAAGGCGACGAGUGA